AUGAGUUCAGUGAAGAGAUCACCGUUAACAUCGAUUGAAAAUCUUUCAACAUCAGCGACUCCGGAAGAAAUCGAAUUACGUGAAUUAAACGAACCAUUGUUACAGACAAAUGACGAAGCACCGUCAUCAACACAGCCUCCGCCUUUCCCGUCAGAAAUAGAUGAAACAACACCGUUGUCGUUGACUUCUGCCGAUGACAAUACAGAACCUCAAGUGGAGUUUCGACCAGAACCAGAUGAUGAAACAGAUCUUCGACAACGUCGCAGUAGUAAUGCCGGUCGCCGUCGUGAUUCCGUAUCGAUGAAUAGGUCAAGAAGACGUCAAAACGGUGCCAUUCGGCAGAUGGCACAAAAUUUUUGGGCUGAUUUAUUUCCACGCGAUAAUCCUCAAGCGCGUCGUUUACCAAUUCUAAUUUUUGUGAUAUUUCUUGUUGUGAUAGUUUUAACAAUCAUAUGGAUUUUAUUUGGUUAUACAAGUGUCGAUUAUGACGAAUUUGGUGUAACACACAACCUUUUCACUGGUGUGAUGAACUUAAAAGAACCGUACUCAGCUGGCGUGUAUCUCAUUUUACCAUGGCAAAGAAUGAUUACCUUUGAUAAAAUAGCGCGAUAUCAAAACUUCAAAGAUUUAACGAUAUUUACUACCGAUCAAGCAAGUGUUAUUCUUGAUGCGACCAUUGUUUAUAGAAUUAGACCUGACCAAAUCGAACCUAUUUGGUUAAAUUUUGCCGAUAAGCACGAAGAAGUUCUUCGACAUGUUGCAAGUAACAUUCUCCGUAAUCACGGUAAUCAGUUCUCCAUUUACGAUUAUCGUGCACGUCGAGAACAUGUCGAAUACCGCUUAGCUCGUACUCUGCAGCAAACAUUAUCAGGUGAUUGUUGUCCAACAUGUUGCCAUACUCACACAUGUUCGAAAACGAUCGAAUAUUCCUGUUCGUCGCUAACACAUUGUACAAAUGCCACGCAAACAUGUACGAAUGGGUAUUUUGUUGAUAUUGACGCUGUUUACAUCUUCAAAGUGUCUUUACCACAGCAAAUUACCAAACGGUUGUAUACAUUAAUGUUGAAACCGAUCUUUACCGAAAUUGCGGAAAGUCAAGAAAGUGCAGCUUUGGUUUGGAUUGAAACAGAAAGACAGCGAAAUGAGUUCUUGAACAAAGCACGGUUUGUCCUGAUGAAUGCAUUAGCCAACAGUGAAUUAACGCAAGAGAAAGCACGAAUUCUUUUUCAGCAAAAGUUAUUGAAACAAUUAAGUUCUUCGGAGCAAAAUACAUUUAAUCGAUUGGAUGUUCAAACGAUGAUUGACAAAUUAUCAACAACAUUUCUCUUUGAAUUGGGUCAUUUGGUUAAUUUGACACAAGUGGUUAAUCAUGACUAUUUAUUCACGAAAUACAAUGCUAAUCUCAAACCUCAACAGACAAACGAUCUAUUUGAUUUUGUACCUGCUACAAACGUUUUUGAUUUGACUGAAUUUCUUUCCAUACUUGAUAAUUAA